AUGGCACCAGCAUCUGCUUCUGUGGAGGGCUUCAGGCUGCCUCCACUCACAGUGGAAGGGGAAAGGGAGAAGACGCACACAGAGAUCAAACGCGACGAGAGCCAGAAAUCCCUGCCGCCACCAUCCACGCUCUGCGUUGUAGAGAAGACGGUGGGUCGGAAGAGCGCCAUCGCCGCCAGUGUAUGUGGGGCCCUUUUUAUCAGGUACUGCAUCUACUUCGACCACAAAAGACGAAGUGACCCCAACUUCAAGAACAGGCUUCGAGAACGAAGAAAGAAACAGAAGCUUCCCAAGGAGAGAGCUGGAUUUUCCAAGUUACCUGACCUUGAAGAUGCUGAAGCUGUUCAGAAACUCUUCCUUGAAGAAACACAGCUUGGUGAAGAGUUACUAGCUCAAGGUAAAUAUGAGAAGGGUGUAGACCAUCUGACAAAUGCAAUUGCUGUGUGUGGACAGCCACAGCAGUUACUGCAGGUCUUACAGCAAACUCUUCCACCACCAGUGUUCCAGAUGCUUCUGACUAAGCUCCCAACAUAGAGAAUUGUAAGUGCUUAGAGCUUGGCUGAAGAUGAUAUGGAAUGA